CGGAGGAGACAGAGAGAGAGGCUGUGUUUCAGCAUGCGCGUGUGGUGUGUGUGCGUGCAUGUGUGUGUGAACCAAAGAAGGGGAGCUGUUUUCUAGCAUGCUUGCUAGUGUGUGCUUCAGCCUUAUUUUGAAUGCACUCCCUGAGAGAGAGAGUCAUGUGUGUAGAAUCUGUCAGAGGGGGUGAAAUCAAACUGGCUGCGUGAAAUCUGUGACUCAAACACAGUCUUCUCUGUGUCCAGUGAGAAGGAAAGAGAGACAGAACCUAGGAGAAUGAGGGAAGGACAAUCACAUUUAACCACAGUCUCAGGAAAGAGUAGUAAAAAAAAACUAUCAGGCCCCUGCAACGUUCUCUGCUCUGAAAACGAACCUUUAAAUGCACAGACUCAGUGCUGAGAGAGAAUUGCUUGGAUUGGAACUCCCUCGGUGUUCACAAACACUCAAACAUACACGUGCACACAGAGACUUCCCUGUUCCGUUUCUGCUGAGGGCACAGAUUGAAGACUGAAAAGGUUUUUUUUUUUUUUUGUAGCUCGGUAUGAACUCCAGACCGAAUGUGGCAUGCCUUUCUGCACUAUAAUGCAAAUAUAACUCAUUUUGCAAAAAAAAAAACAAAGCAAAACAAUACAUCGAUACUGAAAUUGGAAUAGCUUCUUUUUGAAGAGGAGCAAAACCUUUGCGUGAUCAUCUCAGACUGUGAUCACAAGUCAACAGGAGCGCUACACCAGCGGAGGAGAACAUGACAUCACAUGGAAAACUUCGAAAGGAAAAGGGGAGUCUGGCGGAGUAUGAGACACAAAUCAAAGAGGUGCGGGGUCAGCUCUCAGAGCAGCUAAAAAUCCUAGACGCGCAGCUGGAGGUCAAGACACAGCAGCUGCAGGAUCUAAGCGAGUACCUGCGCAGACGGGGGGAGAUUGAGGCAGAGUAUGCACGCUCUCUGGAGAAACUCAGCGAGAGGUUCACUGUGAAGACCAAGAGGAAGGAGCAGUUGGACCUGUCGGUGGCUCAGUGCUGGACUGUUCUGCUGACCCAGACCAGGCAGGAGAGCCGAGAUCACAGUUCACUGAGUGAGCUUUGCUGCAACACACUCACGCAGCGGCUUUCACACUGCAUAGAGGACACACAGCGCCUGGCAAAACGGAGCAAGGAUGUGGGACUCCAGAUGCAGGAUGAGCUCUUGAAAGUCACCACAGAGCUGCAGACGGCUUUGAAAACUUACCAUCAGUACCACGUUGACUGUCUGGCUGCUGAGGGUAAGCUCAAAGAGGCCACACGACUGGAGGAGAAACAGACGGGCAAGUCAUCUGAUCUGGGGCUCAGCCAAUCAGGAGGGCAGAGGCGCAGUUCUGUGAAAAAAAUGGAGAGACUGAUGGAGAAGAGACAAGGCAAAGUACAGGAAACACAGCUGAAGUGCACUAAAGCUCGUAACGACUACUUGCUCAACAUGGCAGCAGCUAAUGCCUCCAUGAAUAAGUACUAUCUGCAGGACAUUUGCACUCUGAUUGAUUGCACAGAUCUGGGGUACCACCUGUCUGUGUCUCGGGUUAUACGCGGUUACCUCUCCAACAGAAACCGAACCGUCCAGAAUAUGAAAAAUGGCCUUCAGCAGCUAGACACAGCGGUGACUGGACUCAACCAGGGCCAGGAUAGAGAUGCUCUGCUCCAAGCCCAUAACACAGCAUUCUGUCUGCCCUUCCGCUUUCAGUACCAGCCCCACGAAGGAGACCAGGUGUGUGAGGUGAGCGCAGAAGGCCAGGUGAGGUAUGAGCUCGAGACCAGAUUCCAGCAGCUUCAGUCCAGACUGGCAUCAGUUACCUUGGAAACUGAGGAGAUCAGUAAGACACUUAAGACAACACUCUCAAAUCUUCUGGAGAGCGUCUGUGAUGAUGACUGCAACCCCACCCCUGAUGCCUCCGUCACCCCAUCAGUGGAGAGCACAGGUGAAGGCACAGGAACCAAACCCAGCCUCGCCAAACGCAGAGCCAAUCAACAGGACACAGAGACUUUCUACUUCACAAAAGUGAAGGAGCAUGUAAGUGGCAGCUCUCUGAUCUCCAAACUCCAAGCCAAGCAUGACCUAGUUAAAGAGGCCAUACAGAAAGCUGAGGCCAUUGAUAGCGAUCCCUCCAGAAUGCAACCUGGUAGGGCAGUGCGUGUGCGGAAAGCCAGGCCCUGCUCCCAGUACAACCACAAACUCUUCUCUGGAGAUAUGCUCUCCUUCAUUCAGAGCUCUGGGCAACAGAUCCCCCUGGUGGUGGAGAGCUGCAUUCGCUUUAUUAACCUGCACGGUUUGCAUCAUGAAGGCAUUUUUAGAGUUCCUGGAUCACAGACUGAAGUCAAUCAUAUCAGGGAUGCCUUUGAAACAGGAGAGGACCCGCUCACUGACAGCGAGAGUGACAUUGAUUCAGUGGCAGGGGUUCUGAAGCUCUAUUUCAGAGGUCUAGACAAACCUCUGUUUCCUGAGCAGAGCUUCAGCCAGCUCAUGGAGUGUGUCCAGAUGGAAAACAUGACAGAAAAAGUAGCGCAGGUUAAGACCGUAGUCUCGUCCUUCCCCAGACCCGUCAUCAUAGUGAUGCGGUAUCUCUUUGCCUUCCUUCAUCAUGUCUCUCAGUACAGUGAUGAGAACAUGAUGCAGCCGUAUAACCUGGCCGUGUGCUUCGGCCCCAGUCUGCUCAGAGGGGUGGAGAUGGGUGGUGAUGAAGUGACACUGGCACCUCAGAUCAAUGACCUUGUUAAGACCAUGAUCAUCCAUCAUGAGAGCAUUUUCCCGGGGCCGUCCGAGCUCCCAGGGCCCGUCUAUGAGAAAUGCAUGACUCUAGAGCAGGAGUACUGUGAACCCAUCACAGAGGAGGGCGAGGGAGACGCUGAACAUCUUCCCAGUGAAGAUGAGUGGGAGGCUGUGGCCAUGUUUGAUUAUGUUGCACGCUCUGCAGCCGAGCUGUCAUUCAAGCAGGGUGACCACCUCCUACUACACAGCAAGGCCUCUGCUGAUUGGUGGAGAGGGGAAGUAGGAGGAGUAAAAGGCCUGAUCCCCCAUAAGUACAUCAGUGUGAUAGAGGGGGCAGAGCGUAAAGAACGAGGGAAGAAGGAGGACACCAGAGGAGGCAGCACAGGAAACCUAUCAGACGAACAGCAGCUGCCUGAACACAGCACUCGUAUGAGAGUGAACAGUGACAGCGCGUCUUUGCCCGGCCGGCAGAGGACAGGCAGCGGAGGCAGCAGUAUGGGUGGAGGCAACAGUGGGAGUGGAAGCCCCAUCCGGAAGAUCAUGCAGGUGCCUGAGGGACGACUCAUCUUUCCUCCUCAGACAACUGCAGUUGCACGCCAAUUCUCAGGUCAUCAGGAGCGCAGACACACUUUAGACAGUCUGAGGCCAGCUGGAGGACCAGCAGACAGACAGACAGUGCAUAUUGACAAGGAGGUCAGUCGUCAGAUGAACUCAGUGUUUAAGGAGCUGUUGUCCCGUCAGCCGCCUCUGGAAGCCUCGGGUUCGAACCCUCCUCCCUCCUCUCCUCCCGCUUCUGUCCCUUCAGUACCCUCUGCUGCCGCUCGACCUCCGGUGAAGAAGGGAGGCUUCAGCCUGCGCAGCAGAGGUCUCUUCAAAGCCCAAGACCAACAGGACUGAGGGAGAGGAAGGGAUGAUAGACGAGUGAAUCUGAGUAUGAGCGUUGUGGGGGAACAGCAAACUCAUCACAGAUAUGAAUAUAUUUUUCCAGACAUACAGUAUAUGGUACUCUUUACGCCUUAUUAACUAAAGUGUAUUCAAAAGAUUUGACAGUGACUGAAUAUGGUUUUGUUUCACGUAAGACCAAGUCAUUGAUCCUAUUAUUAGUUGUACUUUUUAAUUAGUUGUGUUUUAGCUUUGACAACAGUUAAUCUGGUCCUCAUUCAAGAAUCUCCCUCUUCCUAACUAAUCAUCCAUCGCAGUGAUGUCCGAUGUGUCUGACAUUUUUGACUGUAGUGUAGACCGUGUUCAUUUGGAGAAACAUAAGUAUCUGCUGAUGAUGUAUUCAUGGAGUACCAGAAAACAAGUGUUGAGUCCCUCAAAGCACAUAGAUUCAGAUGGACAAGUGAACUGUGGGAAUGACGUCCAUGACAGACAGACUCCACAUUGUUAUUUUAGAAAUAGACGUGUCACCCUGAAUGUAGCAAGAGAUUUUUGAAGGCCGAUGUUAUCCUCAGAUGUUUGCCAACCAAGAUUCUACUUCACUGUGUUUAGUUUUUUAUUUUCAGUGCUUUUUUGUUGCUUUUUGAUGUGCAUAGCUCAAAUACUUCAAGGUACGACAUGAUGAAUAUUAAAAUGCGCUGGUUUUUCUUUUUUAGAAAACUCAUUUAUGUUUUUUGUAUCAUUUGCUAUUUAAUUAUUUUUUUUUUUAUUGCAUUGCUAUUACAAUUAUUUGCAUUACAAUAUAUUAUUCUUUAAAAAGCAUUCUAUCAUAAAGGAACCAGCACACAUGCAUGCAAACACUGACGUGGAUAGUCUCACGUGGGAACAGGUGGAGUGCCCAAAAUAAGCACAGCUCUGUAGCUGCUUUUACCCCUACAGCUCCAUUUUCUCUCUGUCACAUAUAAAAACUGGAAAGACAACUGUGAAGACAAGUGCCACUCAGAGCAGCUCAGGAACUGUCCAACUGAGAACUGACUGGAGAAAAGAUCAAACUGUGAAAUAGCACAUGUAGUUGCAGGAAAGAACAAUGGCACUCACUUUCUUUUUGCUGCACAUUAGUGCCCCUGGUCACCGGUCUCCCUCGACGUCCAGCCCGUCACCCAUGCAUUCCCUUUAGCAGUGUGCGUCUCUGGUAGAUGGUGUCAUCAUUGAUGUGUGGAUUACAAUAAUAUCUAAAUAAAUGAUAUAGAUUCUAAAAUA